GAGAGAAGUGAUUUAUAUUAAUGAUUUUCGAACUCUUACAACUACUCCCAAAGGGAACAUUUAUAGGGAAAAUAUGAGCUGAACUACCAAAUUUUGGGCUUGAGAGGCCCAUUAUAAUAUGUGACCUCUAUUGGACUGAUUACAUUCGAAUAUAGUAGCUAAGUAUGGAAGUCUGGUUCUGCGAGCUUCCUGUGGCCGACGGGCAGACGUGGCUCUUGGAGACCAGCGUUUUGAUGACGGAGGUGUAGUGAGUGUCCCAGACAGUGAACCGGCCCCGCAUUGACAAAGGACCUCAAUCCAGGGUGACUUGGAAACAAUGCCACACCUCUUUUUUCGUUGCCCUUUUACUUGCAGGAUUUGGGGGAAGAUUAGGGAAUGGAUGGGCAUGGAAAACCAAAUGACUACGCUGCAUAGCUCGGUCAAAUGGAUUUUGAAGAAGCACAAAGGCUCCACUUUGAAGGCAAAGGCUGUCCGGAUCGCAUUCUGUGCCGCUGCAUACUAUAUAUGGCAUGCUAGAAAUGCCUCUCGCUUUGAUGGAACUAUGAAGAUGGAGGAUGAAGUUAUUGCGAAGAUUAAACAUGUGGUGAGGGAGGCACCGAAUUCCCCUUUGUCGGCCAUAGUGGGAGGUUCAACCUUCAUGAUCCACCGAAGAGUUCAAUCUUGGACUCGCAGGUGGCGGCGUUCUUAAAAGGGGGGCCGAGGAGUGUGAAAGAGUACAUCAUGGAGUACAAGAUGGCCGCCCUCGGCUUCGUGAGGUAUUUUGUAUAUGGUGACAAGGAGGAGGAUGUAGCACUGUGGCCGAAGAUGACCACGACCUAUGAGGAGGCCGAUGGCCCUGAUCUGGGGGUGCCAGCUGAGGCCGAUGGUUUCAGUAUGGAUCGCAUGUCCUUUAUGAAGGGGGCGCAACUAAAGGCGUCUAAAGAACUGAAAGCUCAGCAGGCCGUUAAGUCGACAGCUGAUGCGGGUCAACCUGCUACCGCCCCUGCGACGAAGCCUCCCAUUCAGCCUAAGAAGAAACGGCUGGCCGAAGAGGGCCAGAAGAAGCUCACGGAGGCGGGCCUGAAGCCUACCAAGAAGCCGAAGAGGGCUUCUUCUGGUGAUGAUGCCGGGGUGUUGACCGUUCCUUCUGGGGGCGAAGGCGGCUCUAACGCUGAUGCGUUGGUGGAUCUUACUUCGGGUCCUUCAUCCACCGCUGUCUCCAACCUUCCCCUUGCUACCGCAGCCCCCCGAAGAAGGGGUCUAGCCGAGAGUUGGUCAAGGGGACCUACAAGCUUGAGGUUGAAUACCCCGUUAAGGGCGGUUUGUUCAAUGAUAUUGUUGAUGUCCAUGAGGUGAUGUCUCAGGCCAUUCCCGAUGAGGACCAGGCUUAUCUGAAAAAGCUCGGUAAUGUCAAGAUCUACGACGGUGGGAUGGACCACAUCGUCCAAGGUGCCUUUAUGCUGAUGGAGAGCAACAAAAGGCAACAAAGGUAGAUCGCUCGGCUGAAGCAGAUCGAGGAGAAGGUGGCUUCGUUUGAUGAGGCUCUGGGCAGCUUGGAGAGGCUGCAUCUCGAGGUGGAGGGCCUAAAGAAAAAGGCGGAUGAGGCUGAUUUGUCGCUGUUGAGAAGGACGGGGCCCUUCAACGGUUGGCCGAUGCGGAGCGAGCUCGUGAUGAAGCCCUUCGUCGCACCGAGGAGCCCGAGAAGGGUAAGGCGGAGGCGGAGUCGGCCAUGAGUGCUGCUAAGGAAAAGGCCGCUGAGGCCGCCGUGCAGAAGUUCCUUGAGGUCGGCUGGAAGGGCGGGGAUCAGCUUCCUUGAUGUUUUGACGUCGUGGCGGCGAAGCUCCUCGACUGGGUCAACAAUUGCCCCGACGGCCAGGCAUACUGGGAGAGGGAGAUGAAGGUCUUCUACGACCUCGGCCAGUACAGGAUGCAACGGUUACUUUACCGGAGGCUUCAACAUCGGUUCCUAGACCUGGGUGUUACCAAGGAGUGGGCCGUCGGCCUGGACCUGCCUCCGAUGAUGAAGCAUCCUAAGGCCGAACUAGAGCUCCUUGCUGCGGAAAGGCAACUCCCCAUCGAUAGCUCCCAAGUCAGUGAUGAUUGGGCUUAUGAGCCGAGCAUUUUUGAGGACACUGCUACGUCCGGUGCUGCUGCUGAUGGGGUCACUACUCAAGCUGAGGAAAAGGCCGACGCUGAAGAAAACUUGGAGGCCCCACCGGAGUCAUGAUCCGUCACUGCCCUGUUUAUUUAAUUAGUUGAAAUGUAACGGCCAUGAAGCCCCCCCUUUGUACCUUGUACUUGUGAAUGAAAAUAUGCUUGUCUCCUUCGGCUUUAGUGUUUAUUGUGUCCUCCUCGUCUUGCCUUUCCUCUUGGUUUUGUUAUUCUUCAAAAUUUUUGUAAGUGUUUAAG